GCUUGUCUCAUUUUAAAGUGCUUCACACUAGAUGUCAGUUUAAAUUUGAUCACAAAGUCAAUAAAAUAAUUUUUUGAAAAUGCACAAUUCUUUUGUAUAUAAAAUACAAUUUUUUUCCAAAAAAUUAUUUAACUGACUUCCCAAUUAAAUUUUUGAUCGACAUUAUUUAAAUUUUAUUCAAGUGUCAGUAAAAAAUUAGACACGAAAAUACCUUAAAUGAAAGAGGUUUAAAAAUGGUAAAAGGCGUCCUCACAUGAUCACGCCCAAAUCCAAAAACGGAGUGUAUAUAUAUGGCCUUCCCUUGGAGUCGGAAAAUCAUCAAUCCCUCAAAAGCAUUCCUGUGGCGGCGCGGCUUCUUUCUGUCUGUUUUCGUACCGGCUGAUUUUCCAGAUCUAAAAUCUGCGCCUGUGAUCUCCUCGUACCCGUGAUCCAUUUCGGGGUCUUUGAUCGAUUAUUAAACCGGUUUCUCGGCACGUUUUAUAUCGAUUGAGGUAUCAGGUUUGAAGCAAUCUGUAGUCAUAUUGUUGCAUCUGAAGAGCAAUGGCGAGAUAUGCAAGUGUAGAACACGAGGGAUUGGACUAUCUGCAACUACGUAAAAGGUUGAAAGAAGAAAUCAGAAAUCACAUGAAGAAGGAGUCGGGAACAGCUACCGGCUCACGCAAUAUCAAGAGUUCUUCUUCAUCCAAGGAUAAUUUUGGUUGUUUCUUCGGUCCAUCACAACCAGUUAUAGUUCAAAGAGUAAUUCGAGAAAGUGAGGCCUUACUGGAAAACCCUGAUUUGGCUGCUAAGGUUUUGAGGGCCAGUAAUGCUAAUGCCAAGAUUGGGGGUUUGAACUCUGUUAGACCAAAGGCCAAUACCAGUAGCAGGGCACAAAUUGUUUCUGGUGUGGCAAAAUCGAAAAUCCAGGAGAUAAGGAAUGCUAGGGAUUACUCGUUUUUAUUAUCUGAUGAUGAUACUAUCCCGCUUCCUGCUGCUCCAAAACCUGUUUUAUCCAAGAAGAUCUCUGCUCCUCGUCCUGAAUCGUGCUCAGAACAAUUGAAAUCUAAAGCGGGUUUACCUAAAUCUGUUAGUGUGAGCAAACAAAAACUUCCUUCAAAAGCUUCAACAUCUGUUGUGAAGAGACCCUUGCCUAACUUGCCCAGAUCAAAUCCUUUGAAACAGCAACAUACUGCCAAUUCAAAGCAAGCAUUGGUGCAGAAAAAGACAUCUCAAGAAUCCAGCAAGUCUAAGAUGAUUCAGAAACCAUCAAUUGGGGCAUCCUCAAGAUCCCCACCUGUGGCAAUACAGAAACAUGGAGUGCCCUCCUCUAGACCUCAUGUGGUGAUGCAGAAAGGAGUGGUUCCGCCCUCUAAACCUCCGAUGAAGCAGCCAGUUAUUAGAAAUCCAGACCGACUCCCAGCAAAAAGACCUAUGAGGAUUGGUGAUGGACAUGAUGAUGGGUAUAGUAGAAGCCAGGAGCUUCGCCCAGCAAAAAGACGUGUGAGAUGUGAUGGCGAAGAUAAUGAUGCUACAAACGUGAUUAUGCAGAUUAGGAACUUAUUUGGGUAUAAUCCCAACAAGUAUGUUGAUGAUGAUGAUGAUCGUAAUAUGUUGGCUACUUUUGAAGACAUAGAGGAGGAGGAAUGGCACAGUGCCAAGAUUACCAGGAAGGAGGAUGAGGAAGAACGCAUUAAGAUAGAAGAAGAGGAAAGAAGGGAACGGCUGAGAAAGGUCAA